ACGGUUCACGGACAGCCUUGUAGCGGACCUUUUGGCUACCGAACCAGGAACGUGGGACAUACAUAAGAUUCGAGAAAUUAUUCCCAACAUGGAAGAAGACAUCUUACGUAUAAAACCAAGCUUACUCAGUCAACCAGACAAACUCAUAUGGUUAGGCAGUAAGUCAGGCAACUACUCCACAAAGUCUGAAUACACCAUAGCAUUAAACUCCUCCUCUGAUGCACAAACAAGGACGCAAGAGGAAAGUCCACAAUGGUACAAAAAUGUCUGGAACCUCAAUACGACACCUAAAGUGAAGAUGUUUGCUUGGAAAGCACUUAAAGGAGCUAUACCAGUAGGAGUGCGCCUGGUUGAGAGGCAUAUUAAUGUCGACCCAAGCUGCAAGAGGUGCAGCCAACCCGAGUCUAUCAUUCAUCUUCUCUUUCAUUGUGUUCAUGCACAACAGGUAUCGGAACUCGCUCCCCUAAUUGGAAACUUUGAUUUUAGAGGAAUGAUAGAUUUGAGGAUGAGUUGGCCUGUGUUAUGGGCGCUACCUAGUGCCCCACCAACCGGAAUAGUAGUAGGACAGCUUGUUCCAUGGGUGAUGUGGGCUUUGUGGAAGGACAGGAAUAAACUUUAUUUUGCUGGUAACUCUGUUUCCCCUGCGGAUACUCUGCUAUCAGCAAUCACCGCAGCAAGAGAAUGGUCAACUAAUCAAAGUAGCGAGAAGGUUUCUUCUCCAAAAAAACGUUUGUACACUCCCCCAAACAUCCAGACAAACGCUGUCUGUGUGCGCUCAGAUGCAGCGUGGAGAGCCCUAGAUAAUGUUGCCGGACUGGGAUGGACAGUGACAGACGCAGGGCAAACACUAUCCUUCCAAACUCGAACACGGUCGGUGAGCUCACCCCUUCUUGCGGAAAGUUUGGCUCUUCGAGAUGCCCUUCUCUGCUGCAAGUCAAAGGAAUUCACUUCUCUAAGAUGCGAAUCGAACUCAUAUGAGCUUAUCAAAGCUAUCAAUACCAAGGAACCUAUUGCAGAGCUGCAUGGAUCGCUCUCAGACAUUCACGCUCUUAUUUCCUCCUUCUUUUCUGUAUCUUUUAAUUGGAUCCCCCGAGAUCUCAACCUUGUUGCUGAUAAACUUGCAAAGGAUGCUGUGCUGUUAGGUAACAUGGAGAAUGGAGACAAAGCUUGUGAUGGGUAUCACAAGUACAAGGAAGAUGUGCAGCUGAUGGUGGAAACUGGCUUAGAUGCAUUCAGAUUCUCCAUCUCUUGGUCUAGACUCUGGUAA